CUUGAAAGCUACAGGGACUCUGAGACGAUCCGGUGUCACGAUUUUCUUCAUUAGAUCGUUGAUGGAGGCUCGUGGAGGAGAUUCUUGAUUCUUGUCGGUUUCAGGGAACGGCCGAGGCAGCGAUUCAGAGUUUAAAACGGUGACUUCGUGGUGGUCGGAUUGAGUUUUGGGAGGUGACAGAAGAUUACCCCAAGAAAGCUGUUUCGUUGGAGCCUCUAGCUCAGAAGGAAUGGGACAAGUCUAGUUCGAAAGCUGCUGGUAAAACAACCGGAAGCGACAAAGUGAUUGAUGAUUGAGAGAGUAUGCGAAGAAGAAAUUAAUGUAUAACAGAACAAAUAACACUGUCAAAGUGUCAGGUGGUUUUAGAAAAGUACAUUGUUUGUUUCUCAGAUUCGCAUUUGAGAUUAAGUGCAGCAAGCUGUGGAUAUAUGCUUUGCCUUUCAUUAGCUGUUUGUUCAAGCAUUUUUAUUUUACUUUGUCCCUCGUCCAACCGAAGAAUCGCUAAAGAUUUUGCGUAAAUUACUAAUUCUCUUUCUUCUGUCACAAUCUUUCUUUUAUAUUUGUUCUUCUUUUCUUUUCCUAUAUAAGUCUCGUUUCGAGAGAUAUGUUUUCUCUUUUUUCAAAGCCAAUGUCCUCACAAAAGAGUUCGCAUUACAAGGCAGACUCCAAGAUGGAACUCGAUACCAAUAGAAAAGCAUGGAUUUUUCAACCGAGUGAUCUUAACUUCGUUUGGGGAGGUGACUCAAGAUAUUGGGUUGUCCCUAAAGAACCACGGGUGCCUGCUGAGCUGAAAAUGGUGAGUUGGUUAGAAGUAACCGGUUCGUUUGAGGAGACUGAACCCGGGAAAGCAUACCAAAUCGGUUUCAAAAUCUCCUUUAAACCGGAUGCUACCGGUUGGAACGGAGCCCCACUCGUCAUGUCUGCUAAAAUCGGAAAGAAGGGCAAGACGGUGUGGAAAAAAAUCAAAUCUGUUGACCAGAACAAAGGCGGGUCCGAACCGGUCAAUAUACCUGACGAAUCUGAAGGCCAGUUCGAAAUCUGGGUUAGCCCCACAGCGGAUAACCAAGACACCAAGCUUCAGUUUGGUCUGUAUGAGGUGUGGACCGGACGAUGGAAGACCGGUUUGUUGAUCCAUGAAGCCUUUGUUUCAACAAGUGUAAGCUCAUUGUUGGAAACACAAAUCUUAUUGUAACUAAAGUUCCACCGAUUAUUCAUAUAAUAUAAUAAUGUAACUCAAAAGAGGUAA